AACAUAUUCCCUCAUCCAAGGCAUUCCAAACCAAAUCUUACUCCAAAGUUUAUACCAAAAUUGUAGCCUCUUUUUCCACAUUUUUGUUUGUGCUAAUUAACAAAAUGAGUUCAAUAAUUGGUAGCAAUGAAACACAAAUCCACCCAACCACAGAGGAAGAGGCCUCUUGUAUGGCUAUGUGUUUGGCUACAUGGUCAGUUCCCUCUAUGGUUUUCAAAACCAUGCUAGAGUUGAACGUCAUAGACAUUAUUUAUAACUCCGGGCCUACGGCCCAACUGUCCGCGGAGGAGAUCGUGGCUAAAUUACCCGCCACAAACCCACACGCCGCGGUGGUGUUGGACCGUAUGCUACGCCUCUUGGCUAGCUUUACUAUCCUCACUUGUACUCAACAAGUUGGGCCUGAUGGCCAGCCCAAGAGGUUGUAUGGGCUUGGCCCAGUUUGUCAAUUUUUGGCUAAGAAUGAUGAUGAGGUUUCUUAUGCUGCUUAUGCUAAUCUUAUGCAUGAUAAGAUUAUUAUGGAUACUUGGAAACAUUUGAAAGAUGCAGUACUAGAAGGUUCAGUUCCAUUCAAAAAGACAUAUGGUACGGGCAUAUAUGAUUACCUAGGAACAGAUUCGAGAUUCUAUAGGGUUUUCUAUGAUGGAAUGGACCAUCACUCAACCAUAGUCUUGAAGAAGAUUCUAGAAACAUACAAAGGAUUUGAAGGUAUUUCUACACUUGUUGAUGUUGGUGGUGGUUCUGGUGUUACCCUUAAGAUGAUUGUCUCUAAAUAUCCUUCAAUUAAGGCCAUCAACUUUGAUCAACCCCAUAUCAUCAAGGAUGCACCAUCUUAUCCUGGUGUUGAACAUGUUGGAGGGGAUAUGUACGCCAGUGUUCCUAAGGCGGAUGCUAUAUUCAUGAAGUGGACGUUUCAAUCAGGAACCGAUGAACAAUGUGUGAAACUGUUGAAGAACUUCCACGAAGCGUUACCGGAAGACGGAAAAGUAGUAAUUUGCGAAUACCUUGUACCCGAUUCGCCGAAAACAAGUUACCAAGCUCAUACGGCCUUCAUUUGGGAUAUAAUCAUGAUGACAUAUCCAGGAGGUAAAGCAAGAACUAAACAAGAGUAUGAGGCUUUAGGGAAAGAGGCUGGAUUUGAAGAUUUUCGAUUGGUUUGCUUUGCUUGUGAUACUUGGGUCAUGGAAUACCUUAAGAAGAAGAAGAGCGGAAAUUAAUCGGUCGUGUUUUAAGCUUGUUUUAGCUUAGGGCCGUCUCUGACAUUUUAGAGGCCCCACUCCCGGUGCCAAAUAAAAGGGUGUUAUGAAAUUUUCAAUUGAAAAAGUUGUUUUUUUAAGCUUUCAUUAUCUUCUUUUAAUAUCUGUUGUUGUGAAUUAAUACAUUAGUUCAAUAAAGAUUGAAAAAUUUUGA